UCUAUUGCUCAUUCAUAUAUUGACAUAAAGCCAAAAGUAUCCACACUAAAAGAAAGGAAAAAAAAAAUAACAAGCACAUAUGGCUAGGUACUACAAUAAUAAUUACAACAACGUAUCGUACUAUGAUUACGUGCGACAACUCUCACUCCCGAUUCAUUUUUUCUUCUUCGUAUGCGUUGUUUUCAUCUUCCUGUGUUUUACUUGGUACAUUAACUACGAGUCUAAGGUCGAGAGAUUUAUGCACACUAUGAAGAUCGUCCUGAUGCUCACGCCGGUCGUUCUUUUGCUUCUUGUACACUGGUUCUCGAGUAGAGAUUAUCGUAGACCAUGGCUCCCUUCUUUGGUGCCUCUUCCUGAGAAAGAUGCACUUCAUCGAGCCGGGGGGUCUCCAUGGGGUGUAGCCAUUGUGCUUGUUUUCGUUAUUUAUAUGGUGUCUUACCAAUCUUCUAUCCGCGAACGUUGGUAUCCCCUAAGUAGCAGAAAAUAAGUUAAUAAUUAUAUAUAUUUGGU